AUGGACGUAGCCUCCGAGGUGUCCGAAUCAGAGGACGGAAAGGUCGCCAACCAACCAUCUGAGGACAUUAAAGCACCAGAGAAUUCAGCCGAGCUAGAAGCUAUUGCACAUGACUUAUUGAAUAGAGCCAAGUCUCUCCUAUCCGAGGUCGAAACAUGGAUUGAAGCUGUUCACCAGAAGAAACUAAGCACGGGUCAACGGGCCGUGGAGUACAGGACCCUCAGGAAUGACAUCGAAGCCGAAAUUGGAUUCUUAAAGAAACUGGCUACGAUGGAUUUGUCUCAAGAGAAAGCGCGGCAUUACAUUGUCUCCUCCAAUCUGAUGUAUUUUGAAGCCAUGUGGGCUGCUGCCAAACGAUCUUCGGGCCUUUUAGCCUUCCGGAAAAAUCUGUUCCACAGUCGGCCAGCAGACCGACGAAGAGGAGUCGAGCAGAAGGGUGUCAGAUCAUCGAGAGCUCGGGGAGACGACAAAGCAUUUGCUCUUGUUGAUAUCAUCGCUCGCGAUGGGCUUGAGUGGAUAAAAAUCUCGACUAUGUCAGAAAAACGACUCUUGUUCGAUCUCGCUAAGUUAGGAUGGCAGAAUGACGCCUUUUCAGACUCUGAAGAUGAAGACAUGGAUGAUCAGCCAAGUAAACACGAUGAAGAUGAUGACGACGAAGUGUCCUUGGUGAAAACGGCACGAGACCUAGCAAAAGGCGCCCCCAAAAGUCGCGUCAUGGGUAAAAUACCGACUGUGCGUUUUGUGCUGCCAAGGAUACAUUCCGGGAAAAUAAAAGAGAUCGACAGUGUCAUCCAGAAGAUGAGAGCUACGGGCGCCAUCGUAGAAUGUGGGAACGAUUUAAAACCACCUCUAUCGAUGGAAGCUGCCUUACCUCGUCUUCUCGUCGAUCGAUCUACCAACUUCACUGAAACUCUCAAUAUCGAUUGUACCAUUCUCCUUGCGAUCAUAUCCGACAUCAGUCAUGCCGACGUACCAAUACAGGACUGGUACCCUCCCGCGGUCAAAUCUCAGAUUGUUUCCGAGGCCAAGGAACGUCUUCUCCCCACCCAAUUCUACCCAAUCCUGAAAGGUCGUUCUAUGGUCUGUACAGAAGAGGCCGCACUACAAAUGAAAGAGAUUGCAGCUAUUAUCGGCACGGAAUCAGAGAAACAGCGUGCCCUGAUUCUCUUCGGUGAAAUCUCGCACCAAUCUAGAGAAGAUCUAGUCGUGGCUUGGUCGAAGCUAUCUGCUUACUCUUCUCCGCCGGACUUGCUUCUUCCUAUUCGAGUCGUUCCAAAAUAUGUACCAGAUGCCCGAAUCUCCCCAACAGCUGCAGCAGUAGCCUCCGAACUCACUCCGAUCAAUAGCUCCGUGUUUCUAUUUGGCUGGAUGGCUGGUCUCACUACAUUGACAUCGAACCGGACCACAGUCAAGCAAAUAGACCGUAUUGUCGACGAUGUGGGCUUGGAGGAUUGGGAUUCGGGGCCGUUGCUCUGGGUCUCUGAAGAGGCGAGGAGCUUGAUCGCGAAGCAGGGCAGGCGGAAAGCGUAA